UGAACGAAAGAGAGGGAGCAAAGCGAAUGCAGGGACGAGUAAAGUCGAUUCAACCGCGUGAGCCAUCAGACCGUUCAGUCGUUAUGGUUACUGCUCGCAAACACAGGUUCCGUUUGCCUCUAAUAACAAGUUAAACUUAUAAUAUUCAAACUCGGUAGGCAACUAUGGACUGGGCUGCGGAUUUAGAAAUCACCUCGAAAAAGCUUUUACCUCGCCUUGGUAGAAGAUCGACGCAAAGUGUCGUGCAAGAAGAACCUAAAUUUGACGAUGAUCUGUUGGAAAGUUCUAUAUCGUCAUCCUCUGUGAAAUCGGCACAGCCACCUGUAGCACCUCCGCGUACUAGAAAAACUGGAUGGGGUGAUGAGCUGAAAAGCGGGAAAACACGUGGUGCAUCGAGUAUCAUCGAACAACUGUUUCUUAGGGAACGUUUUCGAGGGACGGAGAAGGACGAUGUGAUCGACGAUAUUCCUGUCAUACCGGAUUUGGAUGAAAUUCAAGAGGAUAAUGCUUUAUCUAACAUAAAUACACCAAUGGUAAAUGUGAACAGAGUCACCGCGUACAAAGAACUUGACACGGACUUGGUGAAGAAUGCCGCGUUCACGUCUCUAAAUGGUGUUAAUCUUUCUCUUCUGGCAGAGAAACUGUACAACGAAAAUUUGACGAAAGAGCCGGAUGAAGUAUGGAACUGGAAUCUCCUUUUUACUCAGGUUACAUCUGAAGUAAAUAGCGAGACGCAAAAGAAACUUGUUACAUAAUUUUUGUAGUUUUUAUAAUAAAAAUAAAGUUAACAAAUGAUGUGUG